CUGGCCGGGGCGGGGCAACUAGGCCCCGCCCCCGAUGAAAUUUCAGCCUAGUUCGGCCUAGGCAAUACGCUGAGACCACCAAGCGCUUGCAGACCAUGGCCGUGAUCUUGGGUUAUUGGGACAUCCGCGGGCUUGCUCACGCGAUCCGCCUGCUCCUGGAGUACACAGACUCACCCUACGAGGAGAAGAAGUACACCAUGGGGGACGCUCCGGACUAUGACAGAAGCCAGUGGCUGAAUGAAAAAUUCAAGCUGGGCCUGGACUUCCCCAAUCUGCCCUACUUAAUUGAUGGGGCUCACAAGAUCACCCAGAGCAACGCCAUCCUUCGCUACAUUGCCCGCAAACACAACUUAUGUGGGGAGACAGAAGAGGAGAAGAUUCGUGCGGACAUUUUGGAGAACCAAGCUAUGGACACCUCCAAUGAGCUGGCCAGGGUCUGCUAUAGCCCUGACUUUGAGAAACUGAAGCCUGGGUACCUGGAGGGCCUCCCUGACAAGAUGAAGCUCUACUCACAGUUUCUGGGGACGAGGCCUUGGUUUGCUGGGGAGAAGCUCACUUAUGUGGAUUUCCUGGCUUAUGACAUCCUUGACCUGCACCGAAUAUUUGAGCCGAAGUCAUUGGAAGCAUUCCCGAACCUAAAGGAGUUCAUGGCCCGAGUUGAGGUGAUUCCCUGAGCCUCCUCACUGAUGACAGGGCCUGAAGAAAAUCUCUGCCUACAUGAAGUCCAGCCGCUUCCUCCCACACCCGAUAUACUCAAAGCUUGCUGUGUGGGGCAGCAAGUAGGACUGAGUGAGGGUAGCUGCUGGCAAGAAGCAGUGCUGUGUUGUUGGGCCGUGCCCCGGAGCACAGCUGGACCACCCUGAAUCCCUGGAACCAGCGAUCUUGCUUCUUCCCCUCCUGUUCUUUCUGGUAACUCGCAUUCAGCCUUAUUGGGCCCCUUUACCUUCCCCAAUGCAAAUUUGUCUAGGGCCUUUAAAGGUGAGCAGCACCCCACCUUUCUUCAGCCGAGUGCCCUGCAGACAUGAUCCUUCCUGCACACUUUUCUUCCCUGAGUGCUGGUUCUGUGUGUGGAGUCCGACCGCAUCCCUGGCCCUCGGGCUCUGCCUGAGUUCCCCAGGCAUUGCCUGAAGACUGGGGUGCAGGCCUGGCUGAGAGGAAGGCUGGAGGGAAGAGACCACCUUUCUCAUGGGUACAGCUCCUUGACCAUUGUCACCAUAUUAUGGCUUUAAGGGGCCUUCAUCUGCCUAUAUAUUUUGCUCAUCUGAGGUCUAUGAGUGUUCCUGGGAGGCCAGUAUGGCAAGGAAACUGGGGGAACAGAUCUGUUUGCACAAGGACUCCUCCCUGGAUGUUCAUGUUUAAGGCAGUCCAUGGCGUGCUUCUAGACUCCACAUUUGGCCGUGCCAUCUGGCCGUGAGAACCAGAGUCAGUCCCAGUGUAGACCUCAAGAGCCGGCCUUUAAUUGUAGGAACUGUGCGUACAACCUUCUCAGUCACGGUAGAUGCAUUUGAAAAAUAAAUUCAGUUCUUCGUGUCCCAGCUUGCCCCCAAGGCUCCAGAAGAAUUACUAUCCUGGCCCAGGACUCAGGGCUGCCUGACCCUGAACAAUGGGCGGAGAGCUUGGAGGGGCUUGCUGUCUGACAGCCGGAGUUACGCCCUGCAGGCCCCAGACCCAGGCUGCCCAGUGCAGUCCCUGUCUUCCUGUCUGUCACCUGUCAUCCUUCUGACCCUGAUCUGCAGCCUGGGGCCUGCUGUGCCUGGCCCCAGGGUAAGACUGUCCUCUUGGAGACAGCCCUCUGCCAGUUGGUCUCCUUUCAGUUGCUGGCAUUGCUGGGACAGUGUUUGUCCAAUUGUGGUUUUCAACCCAGGAUCAAGCUAGGGUUUCUUCCCCUUGGCACUUCCGACCUGUUGAGUGCAGAAUUCUUCGUCAGUGCCAUUGUGCUGUGCGAAGCCUGGAGUUUGCCAGCGUUCCCAACCCAUACCCCGCUAGAUGGCAGCAGCCUGCCCUGGUCGUGACAGUCAGCUAUGUCUACAGACAUUACCAAAUGUCCCCCAAGGGGUGAAAUCACCUUUGGUUGAACACAAGUCAUUAGGGGAUGGAGACUGUCAUUAAAAAAAAAAUAAAUAAAUAAAA